AAAGUUUUGGCAGGGGUAGAUGAUCUGCAGCGAGUGAAGGUCCUAGAGAUGCGAGUAGAUACAAGAGAGAACAGCCUGGGGAACUUUGGUGCCUAUCUACCUAAUCUGAGAGAACUGAAGUUGAACAAUAGCUUGCUUGUGUCUGUGAGGGAUCUUGGAACCACGUUGUCCCAUCUCCAUGUCCUGUGGAUGGCUCACUGUGGGCUCUCAGAUUUAGAUGGGAUCUCCUCCUGCAGCUCUCUAAAAGAGCUCUACAUAGCCUAUAACAAUAUCUCUGACCUGAGCCAGCUGACCUGGUUGGAUCACCUUGAGGUGUUGGACCUGGAAGGGAACAAUAUUGAGGACAUCAACCAGAUCCAGUACCUGGGACUUUGUUGCAAGCUGAGCCGCCUGACAGUGGAGGGCAAUCUUAUUUGUCUGAAGCCAAAUGCAGAAUCUGCAGAGGAACCAGAUUAUAAUUACAGAGCUGAAGUGAAAAAAUUCAUUCCCCACUUGGAGUAUUUGGAUGAAAUACCAGCAAGCCAGACUGCUCUCCCUCCUUCCAAGAAGAUGCAUGAGGAUUGGCUAAUCAUCAAAGAAUCCAUCAAGAAAGGUGGUUUAGCUGGAGACAUUUCAUGGUUAGGUAUGUCAGUAGCAAGGCAGUCUGGAUGCGGCCCAAGACCCCCGACAACUUCCAGACCUGGAGCUGUGCUGCUGUCUGCUAAUGCAGGGAGAUCUAGCGAUGCCUGCCUCUUGUACGGUGGCUGUCCUCUUCCACAUCCCACUGCUUCUGGUGAGCUGUUCACAGAAGAUGAUUCCAGUGAUUUGACGCACGGACACAGUCAAGUUAUAUGUGGGAACCCCACCAAGGCCCUUUGUGCAAGGAGGCAAAAGCUAGGUCCACCUGCAGUGAGUUCUUUGAAAUUGCGUGGUCUGAGGACGGAAAACCUUUACGGCUGUGGAGGAGGAGGCAAUCUGCACCAGGAAGAUGCAUUCUCUGAACUGAGAGUACGGAGAGAGCAGCACAAGCGGUGCCUGCAAACAGAUCAGCAAGAAAAAGCCACCCAAGCACUGAAGGUAACUCUUAGCCGUGAAGAAGAGGGUGAAGGCUGCAGCCUGACUGGCAGCUGUGAAGAUGAGUUGAAGAAGACCUGUGAUGAGAACCUCAUUGAAAGGAUUUCACUUGAUUCUUCUUGCCACUCCUGUCUCUCCCAGUCUUCCUCAGGUUCAUCACAGGCUCAGGAAGGCGUAGUGUUCUCCAACCCAAACCGUUGUCUAAUUCCAUCCCCUCCAAAAAGCCCUUCACCUGCAUCUGUCAUGGAUGUCACAGCAAGACCCUGCAAAAUGAGGAGCCACAGAGUAAGAUGCCUAAAAAUACCCAGCCGAGAGGAGGACAGGCAGUGGACACAGCGAUGCCAGUCAAGGGUUCAUCAAGAAACUUCAGCCCAGGCUCUGGGCAAGGAACUUGCUCUUCUGAGCCAGCGCAACGUGUCGGCUGCCUUCAGAUCCCAAGGGCAGCCCCAGCCUGCAAAAACUGGGAGCGCUGGCCAGCAAAAUCCUAUUUCAGGACCAGCAGCUGUUGGAUUGACAAGCAUCAGGCCCACAAUGGAUGAGAGCCCUCCUGGAGGGAUCAACCACCCCCAGCCAGCUGUCUGCUCAUCCACAAAAACCUUGGAGAGGUUUGGGCUGAAGAGCGCUGCUUGGGCCAGGCUGCAGUCAUUACCAGACAGACCCACUGCCUCAACAACAUCUCAGAAGCAAAGUUCUCGAUCCUAG